AUGUCAUCACCGCAAAUUCGCAUUUCAAAACCUGUGUAUUAUAUGCAAGAGCAUUAUGACGUUGUUGUGGUUGGGUCUGGAUAUGGCGGUGCUGUUGCCGCUUCCAGAAUGGCCAGAACGGGAAAGAGAGUUGCGUUAUUGGAAAGAGGCAAAGAACGAUGGCCUGGAGACUACCCAAAUACACCCCUGAAAUGUACAAGAGAAACCCAGUUUCACACGAAACACAGGUUGGUCGGCAAGAAGACGGCCAUGUAUCAAAUAUACUCUGGAGAAGAACAAGAUGCCAUCUGUGCAUGCGGUCUCGGCGGAACAUCCCUCAUCAAUGCAAACGUUGCCGUAAAAGCUAAUGAUAAAGUAUGGGAAGCAAAAGAUGUCUGGCCACCAGAGAUUGUCGAAGAUUACAGAAAUGGAACUUUAGACGAAGGUCCUCCG